GUUGUCGGGAUAAAAAGUUUGCGGUGGCGGCCAGAGCGAAGUUUGGAGAGGGGGAUAUUGUUGUAAACGUGUAUCCGUGAGAGUAUGACCGACGCAGAAGCGCAGAGCGCCCCACCGUCGGCUCCGGUGGAAGAACAGCCACAACCGGAGAGAAAAAUUAUAGCCACCGCAGUCCAAGGCACCGUGAAAUGGUUCAACGUGCGCAACGGAUAUGGCUUUAUCAACAGAAACGACACCAAAGAGGAUGUCUUUGUUCAUCAGACUGCCAUCAAGAAGAACAACCCCAGGAAGUUCCUUCGCAGUGUUGGGGAUGGGGAGGUGGUAGAGUUUGACGUGGUCGAGGCCGCCAAGGUAGGCAAACCUCUCUCUCUCUCCCCCUCUCAGGGCUCGGAGGCAGCCAACGUGACAGGGCCUGGUGGUGUUCCCGUUAAAGGCAGUCGGUACGCGCCCACCAAACGCCGUUUCCGCCGGCGUUUGUCCUCUCGCAGCCCCAGGCCCGGUGACGAGAAGGGCGACGGCACCUCAGGCCCCACUUCGGAGCACGGAGGAGAGCACGACGGAGAGCGGCCCGGAGACAGGCCCCCACCGCGCCGGCGCAGGCCCCGCCGACCCAGACAGGAAGGGCAAGAGGGCGAGCCAGGUGAACAGGAGGGAGGCGCAGAAGGCGACCAGCAGAGGCCUCCACCGCGCAGGUUUAGGACCCAGUACCGCAGGCCAUUCCGUCCUCGCCCACCUCCCGGGGAGGUUCAGGCGGGUGCUGCCACCUCAAAGGGCCAGGUAGCAGAAGGGCAGGAGGUGGUGAAGGAGGCCCAGGAGGGCCAGCAGACAAACCGGGAGCAGGCCAACGAAGACGGCCAAAAGCCCCGCCGACAGUUCAGCCGCCGCAGGCAGAGGAACUCAGAGUCUAACUCUGUCUCUAAAGAUGGGACAGAGAAGCCUGAAAAGCUAGCCUCGGAACCUAGCACUCCCCUUCAGACAGCCAAGCCAGCCGACCCCAAAUCCUCCCCUAAAGGCUCCCCCAAAAUGUCCCCCAAAAUGUCCCCCAAGUCCUCCCCCAAAUCCUCCCCCAAAUCACCAGAGCCACCUGCCACGACAGUCCCGCAGACACAGAAUGACGCCCAUGAUGAGACUGUGUAACGUGACCCUAGACAAGAGGUUCCUAGGGAGGGUUAGCUGGGGGACCGAGCCCCUCUCACCACACCCACCACUGUGCACUACUCUCCAAUCCACCCCCCCUGUCCCAUCUUACUGCCCCCCCCCCCCCCUGACUUGUCUAGCUAGACACUGCAUAUGGGAGAAGGAUGGGAGAGAGGGAGUUGCGUGUAUUCAUAAAUGUUAAAAUACGCCUAGAAAGAUCUAGAGGAAAGAAAGUAUUUAAAAAUCUGCUUGGAUGCCCAGUUACUCCACAAACCCCCAGCUAGUUUACUUUAAUUGACUGAGAAUGGGCAUGAGCAGUAGAGGACCCAGCCGCUCUUUUAAGUUCGAUGAUGUGGAAAGCGAAGCGUGUGUGAGGGUAGUGGUCCAGGAGUUGCGACGAUAACCUUGCCACCCCCCUAGUUUCUAACAUGCUGCAGCCCACACCCUAUUUGGAAAAUCAAGGCCGGGGGUUGGUUUAAAAAAAAAAAUACGUUUUUGUUCUACUUAUUUUUGUAUGUGCUUUUCUUUUGGAGGGGAUUAUGUGCAAUGUCAGUAUCUAAAUGUCGAUAAAUGUUUGCAAAAACCA